ACGGGAACGGCGACGGCGAGCGCGACGGCGGAAGUGGCCGGGGAGCCGAGGUCCCCGUCGACACCAUGCUUCCCCUGUCAUUGCUGAAGACGGCACAGAACCACCCCAUGCUGGUGGAGCUGAAGAACGGGGAGACGUACAACGGGCACCUGGUGAGCUGCGAUAACUGGAUGAACAUCAACCUGCGGGAGGUCAUCUGCACGUCCAGGGACGGGGACAAGUUCUGGCGGAUGCCCGAGUGCUACAUCCGCGGCAGCACCAUCAAGUACCUGCGCAUCCCGGAUGAGAUCAUUGACAUGGUCAAGGAGGAGGUGCUGGCCAAGGGCCGCGGGCGCGGCGGCCUGCAGCAGCAGAAGCAGCAGAAGGGCCGCGGCAUGGGCGGAGCGGGCCGAGGUGUGUUUGGCGGCCGGGGCCGAGGUGGCAUCCCUGGCACAGGCCGAGGGCAGCCUGAGAAGAAGCCGGGCCGGCAGGCGGGCAAGCAGUGAGAGUUCCCCCGGGUGCCCCCAGAGACUGAGUGUUCCCCCAGCCCCCCGCCCUCCUGGUGGCCCCCAGGACUGCUGGGAGGGGAAGGGGGGCGCUGCGGAACCCACCCCGUCACCGCCGCUCGACGCCGGAAGCCUGUUGGGUGUUUACGGUUCUGUGAAGGCCUGGGUCCUCCAGGGCCAAGGC